AUGAGUGUUGAAAGCUUGCUUGAGUCCGUUGAGGUACAGUUGUACUCCGAGUCUACCGUUGCCAAAAUCUGGGGUAUCGCGAAGUCUAAACUAGACCAAAUGGAACCUCCUACUAAAAUGCCCGAGUACUCUCACGGAAAGUACCAUUUUAGAGAUAUUGACCAUUGGACUGCAGGGUUUUUUCCUGGAUCAGUUGCUGCGUUAUUGGAAAGAAGAGAAAAUUACCCAGAAUAUUUCACACCUAAAGUGCAUCCUAUCAAGUUGGAGUACGCAGCUAGAUGGUGGUCUGAGAGUUUGAUUGACCAGGCUCCUCGUACUGACACUCACGAUUUGAGUUUCAUUAUUCAGCCAGCGUUCGAACGGGAAUAUAAACGGUGCAAAUCUGAAAAGGCAUUUGAAUGCUUGAAAACAGCAGCCUACGCUUUGGCUUCCCGAUUUGAUGAACGUGUUGGAGUGAUUCGUAGUUGGGACACCGCGGUCAAUAAGCGGUACUCCUUUAAUGAUAAGGAGAGUGACUUUAUUGUUAUUAUUGAUAAUAUGUGCAACCUUGAUAUGUUGUAUUAUGUGGCCAGUAUCACUGGAGAUGUGAGAUUGUCCACCAUUGCAACCACGCACGCAUUGAGUACGGUGAAGAACCACUUCAGACUUCCAGAAUGGUCCACUUACCAUGUAGUAAAUUAUAAUCCGGUGAACGGACUAACCAAGGCGAAGUUUACAAAUCAAGGCUACGAUGACGAGACCACUUGGGCAAGAGGUCAGGCUUGGGCAGUUUUGGGAUUUGCUGAAACUUACGGUUGGACUAAACAAAAAGUGUUUUUGGAAGCUGCGGUAGGAGCAGCACAAUACUUUUUGUCUCGCAUUGGUGACGAUGGGGUUCCGGCGUGGGACUUUGAUGCUCCAGAUCCCGACAUUAAAGAUACCUCAGCUGCUAUGAUAACGGUAUUGGGUCUUAUCAAGAUUUUCGAGCAUACAGGUGAGAAAGAGCACUUGAACAGUGGUUUAAAGCUUCUAAAGGACACUAUUGCUUAUGCCUACGACGGAGACGCCAAAAUUUCUGACGAUGGAAAAGUGGAUUUAGGUGAGGUUGAUGCCAUCUUGAAGCAUGCCACAAUCAACAAUAAUCCAGAUACAUACGAAAGGUUGGUCGAUCAUGGCUUAGUAUAUGGCGACUACUACUUUUUGUGUAUUGGCAACAAGUUGUUGGAGCUUGGUUUAAUUAGCAAGUCUUAG